UCUACGUCACUUUUCACAGACCUGGAGGUCUUUUGCUUCAGAAGGGUUUACAAAAUGUUGUAUCAGCAUCUAUCAAGAGCAAUGCACAUGCCUGUAAGGAUAUCAAAGCAUGGAUGUCGGUUGAUAAAGUCACAGAAGAGAGCGCUGUCCACCUUAUUCCAUACCAAGAGAAGAGGUUUAGGGGAUAGACAACAUUCACAAACUCUAUAUGUUGCCGGUGGUUUUGAAAACAGGCUGGCGUGGAGCUCACUAUUUGAACAGAGAAGGACAUUGACUUCAGGUCCCAUGCUGACUGCUGCUUCAAUUGCUGCAGAGAGACCAGGGUGGUAUGAGAGCAUUGCAGACUCUGCACCAGUCCACAUGAUGGAGAAUGUCCUGGUAGUUGUACAGCAGACAACAGGGUUGCCAUGGUGGGCUAGUGUUCUCUGCACAACGGUGGCUCUCAGGACAGCAAUUACACUCCCCCUGGCUGCAUAUCAAAUGUCCAUCAUAGCAAAGGUUGAAACGUUACAGCCUGAAAUAGAAGGCUUGGCGAAGCGUCUGCGCUAUGAGGUCUCAGUCCGGGCCAAACAGCUGGAGUGGUCAGAGAAAAUUGCUCGUUUUCAUUUUAAGAAGAACUUGCGCAGGAUAGUGUCUGAACUCUACGUCCGAGAUAACUGCCACCCAUUUAAAGCCAGCCUUGUGAUUUGGGUUCAGAUUCCGAUGUGGGUUUUCAUUUCCAUUGCGAUGAGAAAUCUGAGUUUGGGAACGACUCUCUCAGCAAAAGCCAUUCAGCAAGAGUUAGCAACAGGUGGGGCCCUGUGGUUUCCUGACCUCACAGUGCCUGACACUUUAUGGAUAAUGCCAGUUUCCCUAGGACUUGUCAACUUGCUUAUUGUGGAGAUUUUUGCCUUACGGAAAAUUGAACUGACAAAAUUUCAGAAAUACGUCACCAACUUCAUCCGUGGAAUUUCAUUGGUAAUGAUACCGAUUGCUGCAACAGUGCCUUCAUCAAUGGCUCUGUACUGGCUCUCCUCCAGCUGUGUGGGAUUAGGACAAAAUCUGCUCCUCCGCUCUCCGCGCUUCCGCAGGGUCUGCAGAAUACCCCGGAUCAAGGCAGAUUCCGAUACUCCAUACAAAGAUAUAGCUUCUGCUUUUAUUGCCAAAUACUUCAAGUAAUACUUCUGGUGGAAAAAUCAUGGACCGAUCUACAGUUGUGUAAUACUUUUCGUAUGUAUAUUACCGCCAAUGUUUUUAUUCAAACACAGGCUUCCUUGAGAAAGAUAUGUACAACAUAUCGAAACGUUGGGCAGCUGGCUCU